AUGGGGGACGCAGGUGGUAGUGAAAGGGGCAUCCGGAUUGCCAUUGAUCGAGGAGGGACCUUCACUGAUUGCGUCGGAAACCCUGGUACGGGACGCAUGGAGGAUGAUAUUAUCAUCAAGCUGCUCUCAGAAGACCCCUCGAAUUAUGCGGAUGCCCCGCUGGAAGGUAUCCGGCGCCUGAUGUCCAAGUUCACUGGGCGAGAGAUCCCGCGCAGCGAGGCACUUGAUACGAGCAAGAUCGAGAGUAUUCGGAUGGGCACGACGGUGGCGACGAACGCAUUGCUGGAGCGCAAAGGUGAGAAGAUGGCGCUUGUCGUCACCGCCGGAUUCAAGGAUUGUCUCGUGAUCGGAAAUCAAACGCGGCCCAAGAUUUUUGACCUCGCUAUCCGAAGAUCGGAUGUGUUAUAUCAGAAGGUCAUUGAGAUUGAUGAACGUGUCACGCUCGAGGAUUAUGCCGAGGAUCCAGAGCGAAACAAGACCCAGGUGGAGGCUAGCCAUGAAGAUUACAAGAGCAACGAGCUAGUGCGUGGUCUUUCGGGUGAGGUAGUCAGGAUCUUGAAACGUCCAGUGGAGGACAAAGUCAAAGAGCAGUUGAAAAGUCUUUAUGAUGAGGGGUUCAGGAGUGUUGCUGUUUGUCUUGUCCAUGGCUACACAUUCCCGGAGCAUGAAGCAUUGGUUGGUAGACUGGCAGAAGAGAUCGGCUUUGAGCACGUAAGCUUAAGUCAUGUGCUCAUGCCCAUGAUCAAGCUCGUUCCCCGCGCGACCUCAGCUUGCGCAGAUGCGUAUCUUACGCCGACCAUCAAGAAAUACAUCUCAGGAUUUCAGGCUGGAUUCGAGGGCGGACUCGGAUCAGAGAGUGUGAAAGAACAGGGAGGUGACAAGAAAGCUGCUCGUUGUGAAUUUAUGCAAUCUGAUGGCGGCUUGGUCGAUGUCGACAAAUUCUCAGGUCUGCGUGCCAUUCUCUCAGGUCCAGCUGGGGGUGUCGUCGGAUAUGCUUUGACAUCCUACGAUCCGGAGACAAAGACGCCUGUGAUUGGGUUCGACAUGGGUGGUACGAGUACAGAUGUCAGCAGAUAUGGCUCCGGUCGAUAUGAGCACGUGUUCGAGACUACGACAGCGGGAGUUACAAUCCAGUCGCCCCAAUUAGAUAUCAAUACAGUCGCGGCUGGUGGUGGAUCUCGACUGUUCUUCAGGAAUGGCAUGUUCGUGGUUGGACCUGAGUCCGCAGGCGCUCAUCCCGGACCAGCAUGUUAUCGCAAAGGGGGACCUUUGACCGUGACGGACGCAAAUCUUGUGCUUGGAAGGCUUCUACCCGACUUCUUCCCCAAGAUUUUUGGUAAAAAUGAAGAUGAGGGUCUUGAUCUGGAUGUGAGCACGAAGCUCUUUGAGGAACUUACCCAGGAAAUCAACCGCAAAACGGAUAAAAACAUGUCUACGGAUGAGGUCGCCUAUGGUUUCAUCAAGAUCGCAAAUGAGACCAUGACUCGUCCAAUUCGCUCUCUGACAGAAGCAAAAGGCCACGAUAGUAGCCUCCACAGAUUAGCAACCUUCGGAGGUGCUGGGGGUCAACAUGCAGUCGCAAUUGCUCAGUCACUCGGCAUCCGCCAGAUCUUGAUUCACCGAUAUUCUUCAGUUCUUUCUGCUUAUGGUAUGGCCCUAGCAGACGUCGUGGACGAGUCGCAGGUUCCGGAAUCCCACGUGUGGGAUCUCUCGGGUGGGAAACGUGACGGCCUGCACUCGAAGCUAGAGGAGUUGAAGCAACGAUCACGCAAACGCCUUCAAGAGCAAGGCUUUGACAAUGACUCUAUUGAGUACGAAGAGUACUUGAACAUGCGCUACCGCGGUACCGAAUCUGCACUAAUGGUUAUCAAGCCGUCAGCAGAGGAGUCUAAGCAUCUGUAUGAAGGCGAUGAAUUCGCUUUCGGUAAGGCCUUCAUCCGGCAACACGAACAGGAGUUCGGCUUUACGCUGCCGAACCGGGAUAUCAUUGUUGAUGAUGUACGGGUACGAGGUAUUGGUAAAGCCUUCCGUGGUAUGUCAAAAACACCAGACCAGCAAUUAAAGGAGAUCAAGCCUAUACAGGUUGCUAAGGACAAGGCCUAUAAGACCUCAGAGGUGUAUUUUGAGGGCGGACGCCAAGAGACCAAAAUAUAUAAGUUGGAAGACCUUGAAGUAGGUACGAAAAUCUCCGGCCCAGCGAUCAUCGCGGAUGGUACCCAGACUAUUGUGGUCACACCAGAUGCAACGGCGUUGGUCAUUGAGACACAUGUGGUCAUUAACAUUGGCGACGAAGGUGUUGCGAAGAAAGCCGACACGAAGGAGGUGGAUCCCAUCUUGCUCUCGAUAUUUGGUCACAGGUUCAUGGCGAUUGCAGAACAAAUGGGUCGGGCGCUACAAAAGACAUCAGUGAGCACCAAUGUGAAGGAGCGAUUAGAUUUCAGCUGUGCUUUGUUCGACAGCAAGGGUGACCUCGUCGCCAAUGCUCCGCAUCUGCCAGUCCACCUGGGGUCCAUGUCCACUUGCGUUAGGACCCAGGCCAGAAUAUGGCAAGGAAAACUGGAGAAAGGCGAUGUGAUAGUUUCAAAUCACCCAGAGUAUGGUGGAACUCACUUGCCUGAUAUCACCGUGGUCACGCCGGCUUUUUCUUCAAGCGGGGAAAUCGUUUUCUAUGUGGCUAGUCGCGCACACCACGCGGAUAUCGGAGGUAUCCUUCCAGGUUCAAUGCCGCCUCAUUCGAGAGAGUUGUACCAGGAGGGGGCGGUGAUCAAGUCUGAGAAAUUGGUGUCCAAAGGUAACUUUGACGAAGAACGCAUCACAAAGAUACUUUACGAAGACCCAGCGGAAUAUCCAGAGUGCAGUGGGACACGCAAUCUUGCAGAUAACAUCAACGAUCUGAAAGCCCAGAUCGCGGCAAAUCAGAAAGGAAUCAACCUUAUCAGCACUCUUAUACAAGACUACGGAGAAGAUGUUGUGCAAUUCUACAUGGUGGGCAUUCAAGAUAACGCAGAAAGAAGCGUGCGAGACCUAUUGAAGAAAGUCAACAAGAAAUUUGAAGGCAAGCAUUUGGAGGCCAUCGAUUACAUGGACGAUGGAUCUCCUAUCUGUCUACGAGUGACUAUUGAUGCCGAAAAGGGAGAAGCCGUAUUUGACUUCGAAGGCACAGGGCCUGAAGUGUAUGGCAACAUCAACGCACCUGAGGCCGUGACAUACUCUAUGAUCCUUUACUGCCUUCGCUGUCUGAUCGACGAGGAUAUCCCACUGAACCAAGGCUGUUUGAAGCCCAUCGAUGUGCGCAUUCCACCUGGAAGUCUACUAAGUCCAAGUGAAACAGCAGCAGUGGUCGGUGGAAAUGUACUGACCAGUCAACGUGUGACCGAUGUGGUCUUCAAAUGUUUCGAGGCUUGUGCUGCAAGUCAAGGAGAUUGCAACAACCUCACCUUUGGAUUUGGAGGCAACCUUAAAGGAGUCGCAAACCCACAAAAGGGCAGCCUUGGGUAUUACGAGACUAUCUGUGGUGGCUCAGGAGCUGGACCGAGCUGGAAUGGCACCUCAGGCGUUCAAGUCCACAGCACUAACACAAAAUCAACGGACAUCGAGGUGUUUGAAAGGAGAUAUCCUGUCAUUCUGCGCCAGUUUGGCAUUCGGAAAGGCAGCGGCGGACUAGGAGCGAACAAAGGAGGCGAUGGCGUUAUUCGAGAUAUUGAGUUUCGAGUUCCGAUGCAAGUCAGCAUCUUGAGCGAACGCCGGACCUACAGGCCUUAUGGCCUGCACGGCGGUGGUGAUGCACAAUGCGGUAAGAAUAUCUGGGUCAGGAAAAUUAAGAAAGCCAAGAAAAAGGGCCUGGGUGGUGAGAAUGAAGGAAAACAACGAGAGAUUGGGGAAGGAGAGGAGUUUGAAGAGAAAUAUAUCAGUCUCGGAGGGAAAAACACUGCAGCCAUGAGUCCUGGGGAGAGAAUUAUUGUCCUGACUCCUGGAGGUGGUGGGUAUGGAAGACCCGGAGAGCAAGGCAAGAUCACGGUCCGAGAAGAUCCUGAGAAGCAUUGGAAAAAGGGCAGCUUGGGAUCUCGACUGGCGGAGUGGGAGAGCAGCUCUUGA